AUGGCUGGAAGUUCUACGCAUGAGUACAAUGCUGUUACUUUUCAACCUGUCAAAAACCCUGAAUUGGUUUUCGGGGAAACACCAGUUGGAACUACAUGCUUGUUUUGCCAAAAUACAAUUGUAACAAAGAUUGAUUACGUUGAUGGAACUCUGACCUAUCUUGCAGCAUCUGUUAUAUGUGGAGUAGGCUGCUGGUUUGGCUGCUGUUUGAUUCCAUUUUACAUACGCAGUUGUAAAGACGUUCUUCAUCUUUGUCCGUACUGUGGAUCUGCUGUUGGAAAAUACAACCGACUGUGUUAAGCGCUAUAAUAAUAUGCUGUAAGAUUAAUUUUGCUUUGCUCCGAUUAAUAAAACUGUUUGACGU